CGGGGUGAGAGCCGCGGGGCAGGGGCAGGAGGCGCUGCGCCGAGGAGCGGGCCGGAUCCCUGCAGGCCGGCGGCGGGGCAGUUGCUGCCGGGCUCCCUGGAUAGUUAGGGAGCCGCCGCCGGGCGCAACAGGGGCGCAGUGCCUACAGCUCAAAGCCCAUCCCGUUUUGAGUAGUGAACAUUUUGACGCCGUUCCACUUGUGAAGCCACAUGGCUUAAUGAUUAGCAUUUGAGAUUUUGACAAAGAGAAUUCAGUCAGAUUUAAAACCUCAAAACUACUCCAAAGAAGGAGAGCAUUAAGUUUUCAGAAAGAAUUUUCAUUUGAGGAUAAAGAGGAACUUGCUAAUAGCACAAAGGACAUCGAUGCUAAUCUUUUAGCAGUGCUUCCAAAAGUUUCAGAAUUAAGAAAACUCUUUGAACCAAACAAGCAAAAUAUUUUGGAAAUGAAAAGGAAAGAGAGGAUUGCCAGACGUUUAGAGGGAAUUGAAAAUGAUACACAGCCCAUCCUCCUACAAAAUUGUCCUGGAUUAGUUACCCACCGUUUACUAGAAGAAGAUACACCAAGAUAUAUGCGUGCAACAGACCCAUAUAGUCCCCACUUUGGAAGAUCAAAUGAAGAAGAGGAAACUUCAGAUUCUUCUGUAGAAAAACAACCUAGGUCAUCCAGAUAUCGAGCAGAACCUACAGGAGCACAUUCAGAGCCUACAUAUAGCACAGGAGCCAUGGAUACCCAGGGACUUGAGUCGAAAGCAGAAAGAAUAGCUAGGUACAAGGCAGAGAGGAGACGUCAGCUAGCAGAAAAAUAUGGAUUGCCUUUAGAAUCUGAGGGAGAUUCUGAAUAUUUAUCCAGAUAUACCAGGGCAAGAAAAGAUCCUGAUGCUGGUGAAAAAAAAGAAGUAAAAAGCGACAAGCAGGAGGAUGAAAGCAAGGAGUAUAGUUCCCUGUACUCCUCCAUGUCUGAGAAUAAGGAGUCAUGGACUACUGCUUCUGAAUCAAAGGAAUAUUCCUUCCAUGAAAAAGACAGCAUUCCAGAUAGAGAGGAGCUUUCAAACUUGGAGAAUAAAAGAGCACCAGAUGUUAGUGCUCCUGGACAGACUCAGGACUUGUCAUCAGAAGUGGAUGGUUCUGCAUCCUUUUCAUAUUCUGAACAAGAAUCCUCCUUUAAGGAAGUGCCAAUGUCACCAAAGCAAACUUGCAGGGUAUCCCUUUCCUCACCAAAGCAGCCAGUUUCACCAAGUCAUUCAUACAAUGACCAGCCGUUGUAUAGUGACACCAGACAAGGUAGUACAGGGAAGGCAAAACCUGAAUGGUUUCUUCAGAAAGAUUCAGAAGGGGACACACCUUCACUUAUCAGCUGGCCCUCCAGAGUAAAAGUUAGAGAGAAACUGGUGAAAGAGGAAAGUGCUCAUGGAAGCCCUGAACUUGUCACAGACCCUGUAUCUCAGAAAAAAUCUCAUCCAGUGCCAGUUGAUUACAUGCCUCUUCAGUCAGAAACUUCUUCCUUUGAUAGGGUUGCCAGCCAGACACUCAGUUCAGUCCGCCAACCGAUACAUGGAUAUAUUCAGCCUGCUGGUGUUGCUCAUACUGCCAAACUGAUGGCAACAGAAGAUCCAGAAAAUAUCUCAAUUAGCAGCCUCUUAAUAUCAAACAAUGCCAACGUCAAGACAAAAUCCCCACCAGCCAGUGCACUGGAAAAGGAAAAAAGUAACAUACUUCAGAAUUAUGGCUCAAAGCCCGACGAAUAUCCUUUGGGGACAGAACAGCUUUUGAAAAACAGAAAACCAAUUUUGCAAUCUGAGGUUCUCAGGCAAGGGAAGAGCAAUGAAGACCAUUUUAGAGCAAGUGAAUUUGGCAAGGCUGCUGUUCCCUCAUCUCUUAUAAGCAAGCCAAAGGCUAACUCAUCAGAGCUUCAGAAAGAGCUAGAGUGCACUAAGCACCAGGUUCCUGAACCCCAGUUUAAGACUCGUGAGAACACUGAAAGGAGUGAGACAGUUAUGUACAUACAAAGUGGAUCCAUAUCACAUUCUGCUAAGGCGAAAGGUCAAGCUCAGGAAGUGUCUGCGAUAAAGCAUAAAGUCCUGACUCGUUCAAUGUCUGAUUUUACUGGCUCUCCUAAGCUAGAGGCUUUAAAAAGUAAGGAAACUGUUACGAAAAAGGAGAUGGCGUUCCAGAGUGCUGAAGCAAAUGUGCCUAAUGGUGAGAUUGGCAUGGUUGACACAAAAGUCUCUGUUGCUCAACUCCGUAAUGCCUUUCUGGAAACUAUCAAUGUCCACAAGAAAACUGAACUUGAAUCUCGAUUUGAGAUGUCAACAUCAGGUACUGAUUUGUCUGCCAAUACUGAACCUGAAAGAGUGUCACGAAGGCCAAGGCGCUAUUUUUCUCCUGGUGAAAGUAGGAAAACUUCUGAGAGAUUUAGAACUCAACCAAUCACUUCAGCAGAACGAAAGGAAACAGAUAGGUCCACUCUGAGUCCAGAAAUGCCGGCUGCUGAGGAUGAAGAAAAACUGGAUGAACGUGCCAAGCUGAGUGUUGCUGCAAAGAGGCUGCUUUUCAGGGAAAUGGAAAAAUCAUUUGAAGGAAAAAAUAUUCCUAAACCACGUUCAAGAAAUUCAGCAGUAGAGAGAAGAUUGCGGCGUAUGCAGGAUAGGUCACGCACCCAACCAGUUACUACCGAAGAGGUGGUCAUUGCGGCUACUGAACCUACCCCUGCUUCACGUACUGUGAAUACCCACACUGUAGUGACAAGAAUACCUAGUCCCACUGUAGUUAAGAGCACUGUACAACCUACCAGUUUACAGGCAUCAGCGCACCAAAAGACUUUAGCUAAAGAAGAAAUCAAAGAAGCAGUCGAGCAAGAUCAGUCUGGCGAGCCAGACUCCUCUACCCUAAGCUUAGCAGAAAAGAUGGCCUUGUUUAACAAAUUGGCUCAACCAGUAUCGAAGACCAUCUCUACACGGAGCAGAGGGGACAUUAGACAUAGGAGAAUGAAUGCUCGUUACCAAACACAGCCUGUCACUCUUGGAGAAGUUGAGCAGGUACAAAAUGAAAGUGGAAAAAUUACUCCCUUAUCACCUACUGUUGUAACAUCAGUGUCAACUAUGGCAUCUGUGAUUUCUCCAAUGUAUGCUGGGGAUCUGCGUGCAAAGUCAACAAUUGAUGAAAGUGUAAGUGCUACCAGUAAACCAGAUUUGAGAGUCCACUCUUCAGUAGAAAAUACAGACACUCCAGUAAAAGGCAUACUGAAAUCAGAACAUUGGCAGCCUUCAGUGGAAGUAAUGGAAAGCAAACGAGUAUCGAGGGAGCAUGAAGAGGGAGAGACACACAGAUUCUUAGCAUAUGAAGAUAAUGAUGUCAAAAAGUACAGCUCUUUUGAAGAAGUAACCACACAUCCUGUUCUUAGUAAAACAGAGGACUACCACAAAGAGACAAAAUACACUUUCCCAAGAAAGAGCAGUAUGGAAUUGUUUACCCAGCAAGGACUUUUACAGCCUGUGGAACAGAAGGAAUUUGUUUCUGAUACUGUCAUUCUGGGUAAACAGGAAGUCAAAGAAGGACUGUUCUUGGAGGAAAAGAUGGAGUUGGAGAGUGUCUUGAAAAGCAAGACCUUGCUGAGAGACCAUGUUGAGCCUACUUCUGAACUUGGCACGACGGCAACACAGGCAGUAACGGUGGUAUCCUAUAGACAGCAGGAGGCUUCUGAACAACUAGAGGGGAAAUUCUAUAAGAACCCCUGUGAGCUGUUUGCUGCUGGAGACAACAAAACAGAAACAACUGAGGACACCUUGGACGCAUCCAGCAAAACACUGUCAAUUAAAGAACGGCUGGCGCUGUUGAAGAAGAGCGGUGAAGAAAGCUGGAAAAGCAGGCUUAACAAAAAGCAGGAGUAUGGGAAAGUGUCCAUCACUGAGCGUAGCACACAACUGCAAGAAGCUGAGCAGUUGUUCAAGAAGAAGGAAGAAGGAGGAAUUACAGAUGAUAAUACCGUGUCUAAUCAGCUUUGGGAACCUGUCUAUGCUUCUACUUAUUCUCCUGCUAUACCUGUUGCCCAUAAAUUUCAUCCUUUUGUACCUAUUCAUCAGGUCAGUAGUUCUAGUUUGAGAGAAUCAAGCCCCCUGGUCUUUGAUGAACGGCAUCCUUGGAGAUGGAAGCAGAAAGUGGCAGAUAGCCGUGAGAGUCAAAUGACUAUUGAAGAAAGAAAACACCUGAUUACUGUUCGGGAAGAAGCCUGGAAGACAAAGGGUAAAGGAGCAGCCAAUGACUCUAGCCAAUUCACUGUAGCUGGACGAAUGGUAAAAAAAGGCUUGGCAUCACCUACUGCCAUAACUCCAGUGGCAUCCCCUUUCUGUAACAGGCUGAAGUCUACCACUCCAAUUUCAAAGCCUCUGGAAGAAAUAGAAGCCAGGCCUGAUAUGCAAUUAGAAUCAGACAUGAAGCUAGACAAGCUGGAAACAUUCUUGGGAAGGCUGAAUAACAAAGUUGGUGGGAUGCAAGAAACUGUGCUAACGGUCACAGGAAAAUCGGUGAAAGAGGUGAUGAAGCUGGACGAUGAUGAAACCUUUUCCAAAUUUUACCGUCACAUGGACUGCCCCACUUCCACAGUGCCUUUGGAGCUUGAUGAGGACUUUGAUGCCAUCUUUGAUCCUUAUGCACCAAAGUUAACUUCUUCUGUAGCAGAGCACAAACGUGCCGUGAGACCUAUGCGCAGAGCUCAGGCUUCAAGGAAUCCCCUGAAAUUGCUGGCUGCACGAGAGGAUAUUCUUCAUGAAUACACCGAACAAAGAUUAAAUAUUGCCUUCAUGGAGUCAAAGCGAAUGAAAGUAGAAAAAAUGUCUACAAACUCAAAUUUCUCAGAAGUAGCACUUGCUGGCUUAGCAAGCAAAGAAAACUUCAGUAGCGUCAGUUUACGAAGUGUCAAUCUAACUGAACAAAACUCCAACAACAGUGCUGUGCCAUACAAGAAACUGAUGCUAUUGCAAAUUAAAGGAAGAAGACAUGUUCAGACAAGAUUAGUUGAACCAAGGGCUUCAUCACUGAACAGUGGUGACUGUUUCCUGUUGUUAACCCCACAUUACUGUUUCCUGUGGGUAGGAGAGUUUGCAAACGUCAUAGAAAAAGCUAAGGCAUCAGAACUUGCAACUUUAAUUCAGACAAAGAGGGAACUCGGCUGUAGAGCUUCUUAUGUGCAGACCAUAGAAGAAGGGAUAAAUACCCAUACUCAUGCUGCCAAAGACUUCUGGAAACUCCUCAGUGGCCAGACAAGUUACCAGUCUGCUGGAAACCCCGAGGAAGAUGAAAUGUAUGAAGCUGCAAUAAUAGAAACAAAUUGCAUCUAUCGUUUAGUAGAUGAUAAACUUAUUCCUGAUGACGACUACUGGGGGAAAAUGCCAAGAUGUACUCUGCUACAAUCCAAAGAGGUUCUGGUUUUUGAUUUCGGCAGUGAAGUAUAUGUGUGGCAUGGGAAAGAAGUCACAUUAGCACAGAGAAAAGUAGCAUUCCAGCUGGCCAAACAUUUGUGGAAUGGAACAUUUGACUACGCCAAUUGUGACAUAAAUCCUCUAGACCCUGGAGAGUGCAAUCCCCUUAUACCAAGAAAAGGACAAGGGCGUCCUGACUGGGCUAUCUUUGGCAGACUCACAGAACAUAAUGAGACCAUAUUGUUCAAAGAAAAAUUUCUUGAUUGGACAGAAUUGAAGAAACACAAUGAGAAGAACUCUAGUGAAUCUCUUCACCAGAAGGAAGACUCCAAGUCUGACUUUAAACCAUAUGAUGUCAUGCUAAUGGUACCGGUGCCCCAAACUACGGUUGGCACAGUCUUGGAUGGAAUAAAUAUUGGCCGUGGCUAUGGAUUUAUUGAAGGAGAAGAUGGGAGGCAGUUUGAAAUUAUCACUGCCUCAGUGGAUGUCUGGCACAUCCUGGAAUUUGAUUACAGUAGGCUGCCUAAACAAAGCAUUGGACAGUUCCAUGAGGGAGACACGUAUGUGGUUAAAUGGAAGUACAUGGUGAGCACUGCAGUUGGAAGCAGACAAAAGGGCGAGCAGCAAGUAAGGGCUGUUGGAAAAGAGAAGUGUGUGUACUACUUUUGGCAAGGGAGGCACUCCACAGUGAGCGAGAAGGGGACGUCAGCACUGAUGACUGUGGAGCUUGAUGAAGAGAGAGGAGCACAGGUACAAGUGCUUCAAGGAAAAGAACCACCAUGCUUUCUGCAGUGCUUCCAGGGAGGGAUGGUUGUGCAUGCUGGAAGAAGGGAAGAGGAAGAAGAAAAUACACAAAGUGACUGGAGGCUGUACUGUGUACGAGGAGAAGUUUCCAUUGAAGGAAAUUUACUUGAAGUAGCAUGUCACUGCAGCAGCCUAAGGUCCAGGACGUCUAUGAUUGUCCUCAAUAUAAAUAAAGCCCUUAUCUAUCUGUGGCAUGGCUGCAAAGCACAGUCUCACACAAAGGAUGUAGGAAGAACAGCAGCCAAUAAAAUAAAAGAACAAUGUCCAUUGGAAGCUGGAUUGCACAGCAGCAGCAACGUGACAAUACAUGAAUGUGAUGAAGGGUCAGAGCCAUUGGGAUUCUGGGAUGCAUUAGGAAGGAGAGAUCGAAAAGCCUAUGAUUGCAUGUUGCAAGAUCCUGGAAAGUUUAACUUCACCCCCCGCCUGUUCAUCCUCAGCAGUUCAUCAGGAGACUUCUCAGCCACUGAAUAUAUAUAUCCUGCAAGAGAUCCCACUGUUGUCAAUUCCAUGCCAUUCCUGCAGGAGGAUCUCUACACUGCCCCACAACCAGCACUGUUCCUUGUUGACAAUCACCAUGAAGUGUAUCUUUGGCAAGGCUGGUGGCCUGUAGAAAACAAAAUAACUGGAUCAGCUCGAAUCCGAUGGGCUACAGACAGGAAAUGUGCCAUGGAGACAGUACUCCAAUACUGCAAAGGAAAAAACAUAAAGAAACCUCCGAAAUCCUACCUAAUUCAUGCUGGUCUUGAACCCUUGACGUUCACCAAUAUGUUCCCGAGCUGGGAACACAGAGAAGACAUAGCUGAGAUCACAGAAAUGGAUGCUGAAGUUUCUAAUCAGAUAAUCCUUGUAGAAGAUGUGUUAGCCAAGCUGUGCAAAACUGUGUACCCACUAGCAGAUCUUUUAGCUAGGCCUCUACCUGAGGGAGUUGAUCCACUGAAACUUGAAAUUUAUCUUUCAGAUGAAGACUUUGAGGCCGCCUUAGAGAUGACAAGAGACGAGUACAAUGCACUGCCCUCUUGGAAGCAAGUUAAUGUGAAAAAGGCAAAAGGACUUUUCUAAGUAAUGUUAUCGCUUAGUGAUAGUACCAGAGGGAUCUGUAUCGUCACUUUCAACACCUUGGAAUUAGCAAAAUGAAUUGCUCUGUAUUAGUGUUCAAAAAAAGAAAUUAGAGAUGAUCUUAAAUUUUUAGAUACUGCCUGAUCUUGAGUUGUGUAAUAUUGUAAAUGUGCAAGAGAACUCUUUGGAAGCUUUGUUUCAACUCCCAGGGUAAUGUGUUUAAACUUUGCUCUCCUGUGCACUUAAACAGUAGUUUCUCAAGCUACUACUGCAACAAUCCUUUGGCUAUAUAUAGGACUUGCCAUGUGUUUUUUGAAGAUGUUCUCUUUGUAAAGUGUUAUUUUGUUAGUUUGUGGAUUACAAAGAAUUUAUAUUUAUAUAAACACAUAGAACAAGUAUGUAUUUAACAAUGCAAUAUGUAUUCACUUUCAAGACUUUCAUGUAAAAAAAAAAUCUCUAUACAGAAAGGUAGUUGGAUGGCAGUUGCUUAGACUGAAUUAGCUAUACCACCCAUAUAUAUCUUAUGCAUUCUGAAAAGUUUCUCUUUGCAAUAGGUAAUGAAUUGUUCUCAGUGCUGCUUCAGGUGCUAAACUGAACAAAGCAUUUGUAUUUAUGGCAUGGGUUUCUUUAGAAACUAUGCAAAUCAACCUUUUUAUUUCAAUAUCCAAAAAUGUAUAGUGCCUUGUUUUUGUGUACAGUUUAUAUACAAAAAAGAUUGGUCUGCAUUUUGAAGAUGGUUUAGAACGGUCUCCUAUAUUACUUUUUAUAACGGUAGAAAUAAAAACAUCUCAGUUUCUAA